AUGUCACCGCCCACCGACUCCCCCGCCCCCCUCCACUCCGUCGCAGGCGAGGCCACCGCUGCCCACCCGCCCGCCGGUCGCCCCGACCCCACGCUCGAGAGCAAUGCCUCCCAAAGAAGACUCUCCGCCUCCGGUCCCGCCGCCGCCGCCGAACUCGCCCAUCUUAAAGUAAAGCUCAAGGGCGCGCUGCGCCAGUUCCCCGACUUCCCCGCCCCCGGCAUCCUGUUCGAAGACAUCCUGCCCAUCUUCGCCGACCCCAGCCUGUUCGAGGCUCUGGUCCACGCCCUCGAGCUGCACAUCCAGCAGACCUUCACUGAGAAGCCCGACGUCAUUGUCGGCCUCGACGCGCGCGGCUUCCUCUUUGGCCCGACCCUGGCCCUGCGCCUGGGCGCCGCAUUCGUGCCCGUCCGCAAGCGGGGCAAGCUGCCCGGCCCCUGCGAGACUGCCGAGUACAUGAAGGAGUAUGGCGCCGACUUCUUCCAGAUGCAGGCCGGCGCCGUGAAGCCGGGCCAGAAGGUGCUGAUUGUCGACGACAUCAUUGCGACUGGUGGCUCCGCAGCAGCAGCGGGCACCCUUGUUGAAAAACUCGGCGGUAACGUCAUCGAAUACAUCUUCAUUCUGGAGCUCGAUUUCCUCAAGGGCCGCGAUAAGCUCAACGCGCCAGUCUACACCCUGCUCUCCGGCCAGGAGGAGAAGCUCGCCAGCAAAUAA